AAAGAAGCAAAGAGAGACGAGUUUUUCAUCUUCCCCUUUUCUUGCACUCGCUUCACAGUCAAGCAGGAGCGCCCGCGACAAGGGGCCGGUCACCGGUUGCCGCUGCUCUUGGAACCACCCAACAAAAACAAAAAAAAAAAAAAAAAAAAAAAAAACAAAAAAAAAAAAUAGGGGAAAGAGAGAGAGAUGGCGGACGUGGCUACCAAGACCAAAUCCAUGAGCGUCGUAAGUAAUAACAGUAACAGUGUGAACGGGAAAACUAAAAUGAGCGAUGUCGUGGUGUGCGGUGUGCAAUCUAACAACGGCCUGAUCGACCUGGUCGGCCCUAACAACUGCCUGUCCAACAACGCGAGUAACAACAAGCUAAUAACCCUCCGCUCGCCCAACACCAAAAACAAUGACGACAACGAGGAGGAGGAGGAGGAGGAGGACGAUCUCAUCCUGGCGAACAACGCUCGCAACGAGCUCGACUCCCAGGAGGACAAGAGCCUGCAGGAGCUCAUAGAGAGCGAGCUCGCCCUGAGGAUAAGCGCCAACAACGGGGCCGACGACACGAGCGAGGACGAGGCCAGCGAGAUCAUGAACACCCAGCCCGAGAUCACCAAAACCAUCAUCCUCGAGCCGAGGCAGGAUCCCGAGGUCGACGUCAACCACGAGUUCAUCGUCAACGAGAUGGACCACUACAGCCUCAUCGGCGAGCCCAUGGCCUACGAGUACUCGAACGGCCACGUUGGCCCCAACCCUAUUCCCGAGGUCGUGGUCGACGAGGCCGAGGAGGAGGAGGAGGAGUUGGGCGACGGGCAGACCGAGACCACGGAGACCGAGGUGACGACGACCACGACCUCCGGGCCGUCCCUGCCAUCGGCGUACGAAGCCACGGAGCUGGACCACGACGAGGUCGACAGGCAGGAGCAGCCGGUGGCCAAGGGGGUGAGCAACGGGUCCGCCGUCACGGCUGAAAAGUGCCUCGAGGAGGACGCGCGGGACGAUCCGGACGACGGUGCGACCGCGACGUUUGUCGAGCACGAGGUCGGCGCUGGGGAGGAGGAGUGCUUGUCCGUGAAGGAGGCCUCGGGGGUGGACGAGAAGGCGUGCUCGUUUUACACGACGGAGGGGCUGAUGGUGGACAACGACGAGGGUGUGGGCGGGGACGAGCCGACGGUCGGGGUGACCCACUACCAGCUCAAGGCGGGGGACGACGGGGGGGACAGGGUGUGGAUAACCGUCGAGGAGGCGGUCAAGGAGCCGGGGGUGGGCGGCCAGGGGGACGAGAGCUUGCAAGAGAGGACGAACGAGGGUAGCGAGAUGUUUUACAGCCAGGAGAGCCGCUUUGAGAAUUACUUGGAUAGGAGCAGCAUCAGACUCGAGGGGGAUGGGAAGGAGUUGGCACCGCUCGCUACCCCGGAUGAGAUCAGCGACAUUUCCAAUGCCAACGAUGACAGCGAGAGCCGAGAGGAGGUGAUAACGACGAGUUCGGUGGUGAGCACAGCCACGAAAAAGAAGAAGAAGAUCGAGGGUAGCGCGGCCAGCGAUGCCUCGCCAAAUCACACGAAAACCAAGAAAACUAAGAAAAGCAAGAAGAGCGAGCUCGAGAAGGAGAACAUCUCCGUGAAGAAGAAAAUAAAGUCGAAAGACUCGAGCAAGUCGUCGUCGGAGAGCAUGAGAACGGCAUCGUCGCGGCAGCCGUCCGCGGAGAUGAUCGAAAUCUCCGGCGAAGACGAUCUGUCGAACAUCAACGUCAAGUCACUGACGGAAACGUAUGUGUCGGAGACGAACCGCGUAGAGCCAGAGAAGUCGAACAAAGAAAUCAUCGCCACGGGCGUUUCCAUCAAACAAUUGUGCCGUAGCUUUGGAGACGUCUCGAACAUGAGCGACACCGACCGGCCGGCGCUCGGCGUCGCGGAAAACAACAAAUUCCAAGAGAGGGCCAAAUCGACGGGCGACUUGAGCUUGUUCGAGCGGCAGGAGCCCAGCAAGUACUUGACCACUCGCGACAUCGUUUUCGCCACCGUAAACGUCAAGGCUCUCAAAACGAGCUUCAACAAAUUCGACGCCCUCGCCAAGAAGUCAGCCUCGGCGGCCGUGCUCCACGUGCGCUCCGUCGACGCCGGCAAGGUGCACCAGCAGCUCAAUGCCGUAAGUGUAUCGAACGGUGAGGUGAACCCAAAUUGUCGCAGCUGCGGCAAGGUCGUCUUCCAAAUGGAGCAGACGAAGGCCGAGGGCUUGGUCUGGCACAAGAACUGCUUCCGGUGCGUGCAGUGCAGCAAGCAGCUAAGCGUCGACAAUUACGAGAGCCACGAGGCCACCCUCUACUGCAAGCCCCACUUCAGGGAGCUCUUCCAGCCCAAGCCCGUCGAGGAGACCGAUCAGACAAUGCGGCCCCGCAAGCCAGAAAUGAUCAUACGCGAGAACCAGCCAAAAGAGCUGCCACCCGACGUGGUCAGAGCGUCGGACAAACCAGACCUCGGACUUGACGAGCUGUCCUCCCUGAACGUAAAGUCGCGCUUCCAGGUCUUCGAGAAGGCCAACGAGCCGAGCGCCAACGACAUCGAGCGCUCCCCCUCGCAGGUCGCGGUCAAGAGGUCGCCCAGUAUACUCAGCAAAUUAGCCAAAUUCCAAGCGAAAGGAAUGAACAUUGGCGUGGCCGACGAGCAGCUCAACGGCAUCCCCUACGAGGAGUCCAGCGACAGCGAGGGGGAAGAGGAGGAGGAGGAGACGGAAGAAACAGAGUCGGAGACGGCGAUCGUGAAGGCGAAGCGGGGCAGCCGCGAGCGGCCGAUGAGCUUCACGAAGAUGUGCGACAUGAAGAACCGCUGGGAGACGACGAGCCAGCAGGGAAGGCGCGAGUCCCAGCGCGAGGCCCGCAAGGAAGAGAUGGCCGGCAUACGCUCGCGACUGUUCAUGGGCAAGCAGGGCAAGAUGAAGGAGAUGUACCAGCAGGCGGUGGCCGACAGCGAGCGGGUGACCAAAAUAAACGCCGCCGAAGAGAUCCAGCACGCGACGAACGCGCGCUCGAUCAAGGAGCGCUUCGAGCGCGGCGAGCCCAUCGCGGCCAGCGACGAGGAGCUCGACGCCAAGAACAAGCCCGAAAAGGCCGACGAGGAGAUACUCGCGGCUGGAAUCAGCCGAAAGUCGCGCUCCCUAUUUCUGGAGCUGGACGCCUCGGCCGCGAAGACGGGCAGGCCCGUGACGCCGAACAGCACGCCCAAGUCAGGGGCGGAGACGCCCAGGCGGGCGCGUGACGUAUUCAUGGGUCGUCAAGUGUCGGACGACGUGGUGAGGAGUAGCGACACGACCGAGGAGGUGCAGGUCGACGUGUCCGACAUCUCGAAUAAGUUUAAGUUCUUCGAGAGCUACAGGGAGCCAGAAAAGAUGCGCAAACAGUUCCGGAUCACGCCGCCCCGAGACGGACAAGUCAAGAUGGAUUCGCCGGAUCGCGAGAUCUACCGGGAUCCGGACGUGGUGCGCGCGGAGGACCGGGCCGAGGACGUGGUGCGCACCGACACCGCGCGCAAAAUGCUCUCGAUCUUCCGUCAAAUGGAGGAGAAGGCCACGAAAGAGGAGCUCCCCGAGGGCCCGAAGCCGCUCAAGCGGUUCACGCCGCCCCCCGAGGACAAGUUUGCCAAGCCGUCCAUGUCGGACGACGACGAGGACGAAGAGGCCGAGGAGUCGGAGGACGAGGAGCACAACCCCAACUACGUCAGAGCCUCCGACAAGGUUGAGGACGAGUUCCUGAAGCAGGCGCAGAACGCGGCGCGGGCCAAGACCUUGCGGGCAAAGUUCGAGCACUGGGAGGAGGAGGCCGACGGCAAGGCCAACCACCACCACGUGGCCGAGAUGGAUUACGCCCAGACGGACGGCAAUCAGCCCAGCAUCGAGUCGGCGAGUAGUCUCAGGGCUCGCUUCGAGUCGCUGGGCUCCCAGCCGGCCGAGACGCCGCGCGCCCCCAAAGUCAAGGUCAACCGGUUCGUGGAAAUUCAAACAAACUGCAUGGACGUAUGCGAAAGCUGCGAGAAAAAAGUAUACCCACUGGAGAAAGUCGAGACAAACAACAAGAUAUUCCACAAGCAGUGUUUCCGGUGUCUGCGAUGCAACUGCAUUUUAAGAAUGGACACCUUCACGCUGAAUAAUGGCAAGCUCUACUGCAUCCCGCACUUUAAGCAGCUGUUCAUAACACGAGGCAAUUACGACGAGGGCUUCGGUGUCGAUCCACACAAGAACAAGUGGUCAAACUCAGGUGUCUCACCCACUUCCACGAUGACGACGACGACUCCGCAGGCGGCGUCGCCGGCACCUAUAGCCGUGAGUAACGGCGACGUCUGAUCGCGACUCGACUACGUCAGGAAAAAUCAACACGAGAGAAAUUUUUAAACAAGAAACGACUGAGACGUGUAUACUGUCGGCUGCGUUUUUGUUCAGAAAAGAUCAAACAAUAUUAUUAAUAUUAUUAUUUUUAUUAU